UGGAAAUUUAGAAAAAAAAUUUACAUGAUAAGACAAGUUCAACUUGUUUAAAAAAUUAUAUUUGGUUGUUUCUCUCAAAAUUAAAUCAGAUUACAAGUAAAGGAAAAAAGUGAGCUAGAAUGUGUACUAAGUAGAUGUAGUCAAAGUAGAUUUAGAUUCAGAAUGAAGAAGACUCAUUUCUUGCUGCUUUUAGUUUCUGACACAAAGUUUUAAAUGAAAAGCUCUCCAAUGCUUGCAUACAUUUUUCUUGUGCUAUGUUUGUUAUUGUCGUCUGGAGUAAAAGCGAAAUCUAAUUUGAGUGAAGAUCAAUCCAAUGUAUUGGAAUCAUGGAUGAAAUUAGACAAAACUCUCAAAGGAGCUACGCAAUCUAUGAUAAAAUAUGUGAUGCCCAUGCUUAUGGAAUCUACGAGUCAGGUGAACCUGUCUCAGGAAUGCAUGAAGGAAUCUAUUCAACUUAUAGCCGGAUUAAGAAAUCUCAAAAAAUGGGCUUUUAGUUUUGUGGAUUCAACUGCUAAAGGAAUGGAUGGAGUUCUUAGUGGUACUUUUUCGGCUUUCGGAGUGUACGACCAGUGUUUGGAAACUACUGUUCCCCACCCUAAAAAGAAAGAUGAAAUAUUAUUUCAAGGACAGUAUUGUAUGAUUGACUUUAGAUUUCCUCUGCCACCCAAAGCAAAGCGAUACAGACUAUACGAUCGACUGGACGAUUUACAGAAUUUUACUGGAACGGAAGUUAUGAAAUUUUUUACGACAAAAGUUCAUCUGAUGUAUUAUGCCCCCAUGAAACUGGGAAUUUGUAUUCCAUCUGGUUGUACAGAAGAUGAUCUGAAGAGCAUGUUAAAUUUCGUGGCUAGUGACUAUAAACUCGAUAUCGAGAUACCUCGCUGUGAAAUAAAACAGAAAGAAACUACCGUUUCCGGAAUUCAAGUUUUUGCAGUCGUUGCUAUUUGUGUUUUGACCACUUUCCUUCUUCUCGGCACUUGGAUGGAAUUGAGCUGUGAACCUAUCCACAAUCCAUCAAAAUAUUUAGGGAACCGCAUCCUUUUGUCCUUCUCGGCUAUUGCGAAUUUCAAGCGCCUGAUCAGUACUAAGACCACCGAUGAGAAUCUUAGAUGCCUUCAUGGAAUCCUGUUUUUCACAAUUACGUGGGUGGUUUACGGUCAUGCUUAUCUUUUCCCCGGAAAGUUUUCGACUAAUUACAGCACAUUGUUUCGUAUGCCAGAUGUUGCAUCUGAGCCAGUGGCUCAAAUGAUUGUAAAUGGAUCUGAAGCCGUUGAUACUUUCCUUUUCGUAGGAGGAAUGCUGGUAUGUUAUUACACAGUGAAAAGAGUAAAGAUCGAGAAGAAAAGUUUCGACAUCUUUUCUUUUAUAUUUUAUAAAUUAUGGAGAGUUGCACCUGUGCUCUAUUUUAUACUCUUGAUAAGUACAUUAGGCCCUUUAAUGGGUUCCGGUCCAGUAUUCCAUGAAACAAUGAGGGACUCUGUUUAUUCUUGUUUUCAGCAUUGGUGGCAAAAUGCACUUUUUAUAAAUAAUUUCUUUCAUUCAAAACAAAUGUGUCUGAAACAUACAUGGUUUGUGUCAUGUGAACUGCAGUUGUACCUCAUCUCGAUUUUUGUGAUACUCCCUCUGAUAUGGUCUAAAAAGAUCGGAAUAGUACUCAAUGUUUCGAUUGUGAUGGCCUCAGUAGUCUACACUGGAGUGGCGACUUACCUCUUUGACCUUUCACCAACUGUAACAAUUACACAUUUGAAUCCCGACGAUGAAAGAGUGUUUUUCUUAUACUCCUACGCUAACAUACUUUCUCGCGCUGGUCCUUACUUCAUUGGAGUUUUCACUGGUUAUCUUCUGAUUACCAAACCAGAUAUCAAAAUUUCUAAGAAAGUUCAAAUUAUGGGGUGGUUCCUCGCAACAUUUUCCAGUGGAAUGAUCAUAUUCGCAACAGGCAUCUGGUAUAACUUGCGACCGCCAAGCUUUGUCGAAGUUAUACUGUAUUCGUCUCUCUAUAAAGUCGCUUUUACAGGCGGUGUUGCGUGGAUGACAUUCUGUUGCGCAACUGGAUACGGUGGCUUUGUAAAUAAAAUUUUGUCCUGGAAAGUUUGGAUGCCUCUCAGUAAACUUGUACUUCUCGUGUUUCUCAUCGAACCGCUUAUUCAAAUAACAUUUAUAGCCAAUUUCCGAUCAAUUCAGGAAUUCACUCAUUUCCAAUUUGUUAUUCAAUAUUUUGGUUUCCUCUGGGUUUCUAUUCUAUUAUCGAUUGUGGUCAAUCUACUGGUUGAAUCGCCUUUUCUAAGAUUAGAAGAACUGUUCUUCCGAUCGGAACCCAAGAAAGAAGAAGCCAAUGGUCAUGCUAACGUCGGUUUUGAAAACAAUGGAUCAGUGGAUAAAGUGACUUCGAUUGAGAUGACAACACUAGAAAACGGAAUUGAAAACAGAAUAGAAAACACAGAAUUUUACAGAAGAAAUAUUCAGGACUAUUGAAAAGUGCUUUUCCAGCAUUCGUUCUCUUGUCAUAUUAUCUUUGUCCAUAAAACCAUAUAGAUUUUAUUAUUGCUUAAUAUUUCUUCAUUAAAAUUUAAUUUUGUUCAUAAGUAUUAAUAUAAGAUAAGAAUUAAUAUAUUAAGAAUGAAAACUACAAACCAUAAAUUUAAAUCAAUAUUUCUGAAACUAACUUAUAAAGUAAAUAUUUCUUGAGUCGAAAACUAUUGAAAGGAAGAUAUGUUGCAUUAAGAGCAAGCUAAUGCUGUUACAUCUAAAACACAAAUGAAUUAACCAAAUUAGAAAUAAACAUUAAGUUUAAACUGCAAAAAUGAAUUAAAUGGAAUAAAAAAAGGAAAUGAUGAAUCCGGCCUGAAGACUUUAUCAAAGGUCACCCUCAGGCUGGGAUUCAAACCAAGGAUUUUUUCUGAGAGAGAUCUGACUUUCGUCCAAAUAUUGAUUCCUCGUGACCCGAAAAUCCAAAGAAAUUGAGGUUUUUGCAAGAUAAGAAUUAACAUCAAUAAAGCAAUUACAUUAGACAAUAAUAAACAAAAUAUUAUUUCAAAAUUCAAAUCUAAGCAAAACCACUGCCAAAUUGAGUCGAACCAAACACCGUAAGACAAAUAUCAAAAUAAAAAACUAAAAAAUAUAACAAGGUAUAAAAGCAAGGAACAUACCAUUUGAAUGUAAAUAUAGUUAUAAAGGUCUUAUGAAAAGAAACUAAAUUUAUCACUAAAUUCAACUUUCCCGUUCUUAAAGCUGAAAAAGCAUACUAUUGCAAUUUAAACUUAAUACUUAUUUAUUUAUGCCAUUUUUGCAAUUUAAACUUAAUAUUUAUUUCUAAUUUGGUUAUAUUAAGAUUAAAUAAGAAACUAGCUUCUUUUACAACUAACGAAAUGUUAGAUUAGGGAAAAAAAAACUAAGAGAGUUAGGUCUUUAUAGAUUUUCUAGUACGGCAAAAUAAAAUGUAGCGAUUAUUUAAGAUGUGAAAAUGCAUACCCAAGAUAAUCGCUGGGUCAGUAAAAGAUAAUUUGAAAAUGUAUUAUUACAUCAUGCCGUUAUGAUGUAUAAUGAUAUAAUGUUAUUGCUUUGCUAGUGUCAUCUGAAUAUUUUCAUUGCUUUUUGUUAUUGUUUUCUACCAAUAAAUCUCUUCAUAUAUCACCAAAUCACCAUGUAUUUUCCACUUUGUCAGUAGAAUAUAGAUCUUAUAUUUGCUUCUUUUUGUUCUAUGUGCUAUGUACCAUGAAAAUUUUAUUACUUUGCAUGAUAAUAUAUUCUUGUUAUCAUUUCUGCUACGGAUAGCUGACACACACUUUUUUUCCAAUAAAGAUUUUUUUAAUUUA